AUGGGCCUCAGUAACCCAUCUCUCUGUUUGAGAAUCCUGCAACAUUUCUGGGGGUUCGUCCAGGAUCCGGAGACUGCGGUUUUUCGCCUCCCUCAUCUUCGGGGUCUGGACCCCAGAACACUGGGAAAAGCAGACUUCACCUGGCACAUCAGCAGACCUGUUGUCCGUAGGAGAAGACGAUUCUUCCAGCGGACUGGAGUGGUGGCCCCAAGAACACAACGGAAUCCGGAGAGGCGCAGGAACCAGCCCAGGAGCACCGCCCGACUGAGUGUUAAGGUCGCUGAAAUAACACCCUGGAUCCAUCACAGCAGACUAAACCCACAGCUGCAGAGUGAGAGUCAGUUCCAGACUCUUCUGGGCCCCUCGAGGCCACCCUCCGGAAGAAAACACCGACUGUGCCUACAGACCAAGGGGAAGACGUCGGCCCCGCUUUGGUCACACCGGAAGCUGACCAAUCUCCAUGGCAGAAGCCUGAGGACGACGUCCCGUGAGGAUGGCAGCCCUGAAGACUCUUUUCCUUCUCCUCCUCCUCUGCCACGUGUGUGGCACCAGUCUGCCCCCUUCCUCUUCCCCUUGUACCCAUUGCAUGCGAAGGUUCAGGGUGGGGUCCAGCACUGCCACCGGCUUCACUUCCGUAACCGGCCUACCCGGAGGCUGUGCCCUAAACGCCACGCUCUGCGCUCACUGGGGAUUCCAGUACUGGAUGGGGUACAUAAAGGUUAGAUCCGAGAGCGGCCAAUCCUGCCAAGAGCCUGAAAAAUUAGGGGAAACUUGGGCGUGUUGGCGGUGGACUUCAAGCGGGGGAAAUGUCCAUAACCACGCAGAGGGGCCAGCAGUCGGAGAAAUUGUCCAAUGGCUGCGUAAUCCAACCACACCUGAGCCUACACGGUCUCCUGGGCCCUAGAGCCCACAAAUAUAUGAUCAGCUAAAGGCUGCCUUGGGCCAAAACCUAGACCCCCCGAUCCUGGGGAAGAACCUCUUUGGAGGCUGAUGCUCCACUUUCGGUGGCUUUAAUACUUUAGUUGGGGUGUACCCCUCCUCCUUGGGACCUGCUUCCGCCCCCCGCACCCACCGUGCCUGUUGCCUCUUAUUAUCCAGUCAACCGCCUCCCUCUUAGAGGCUGUAGUAGAAAGAAAAACGCAGCAAAAGCCCUCUUUGCUGUGGAGGUAGCAGCCUCUAAACCAAAAAUUGGAAGGAGAUGACACUCUCUGACCCCGUCUUGGGUCUGAGCAUCAAAGGGGAAUGUGGCAGCUUGACCCUGCCUGGCCAUUUCCUGCUCCAACGAGUUUGUUCCUGAUUGUCCCCUGCCGCCCCCCCCGCGCCCUCAGGACUCUCCGGCUUGGCAACCAAUCAAUGUUCUUAUGUUCUCCUUCCUUAUGUGAAAUAUCUGUAGCUGUAUAGGGGAGCGGAAGUACAAGACUGUAAAAUUGCCCGCCAUGUUACAAUUGAGGCUCAGCCUUUGGAUGAGAAUCCGCUGAGCCGGUGCCGGCAUCAAUAAAUGCUG